AUGAAUCAAAGUUAAACAAUUUCAACUCUAAACACUUCCAUCCAAAAAGCUAAAUCUGAUUUUCAACAAAUUACAACAUAAAAUAAGUAUACAUUACAUCUUAACUAGAUCUCUCAUCUCAUAAAUGAAAAUUGACAAUUCUGAAUAUACAGAUUAAUUAAUCAAUUAAAAAUAAAAAAAUACAGUUGUCGAUACUUAACUAGCUUUGAGUGUGAUUAAGGCUUAAGAAGAAUGUGCUUUGAUUGCUUAAAAAAUUGAAAUAGAAACUAAAAAGAAGGUAAUAAAUUACUUAUAUUUUAGUAAGACUUAGAAAAUCUAGUAAAUGCUAUGAAAACAAGUGCAAAAGAUAUUUCAAAAAUAGAAAAUACUAAUUCUGGCAGUGAAUUAACUUAAGUUUAAAAAGUAAAAUCAAUAUUUAAUAUGAUAGGCAGUUCGAGAUGCAGAAUUGAAACUGUAAUAAAUUCACAUUAAACAUAAUGAAUAAUUAGCAGAAGUAGAAGCAGAAAAAGAGUAAUUGAAUCUUAGUAGAAGAGAAAGAGUUAUUUAUUCAACAGUAUUUAAAGGAAUAGAAAAAGAUGCUAUUUUUAAAUAAAGAGAAUAUUAAAAUUGUAUAAGAUAAAAUGAAUUACUUAAAGAGGAAGUAACUAAAUUUAUUUAAAUUAUAGUAAAAAUUUCUUCAAGACUAAUUGAAAUUGAUUAAAGAAUUAGCUGAUAAAGAACAAACAAAAUUCCAACAAGAAUAUGAUGCCUUAUUCAAACCUUAAAAAGAUGAAUAAUAGGAACAAUAAAGCAUGGCUUCAGAUUAAAAAUCUUAAGUUUAAGGACCUUAUUUAACAGAAUAAGGUGAUUAAUCAAAACCAAUAUUAAAAGAAAGAAGUGAAUCAUAAUAGGAAUAGAAAGAUGUUGCCUAAUAAGUUCUUGAAUAUGAGGCUUAAUUUAAUAAACUUUAUUUAGAAACAGGAUUUAAUAAUGUUGAAGCAAUACUGAAAUAAUAUUAUAAUUAAGAAAUUUGGAUUGAUGAAAUCUAUAAAGAAAUCAAUGAGAUAAAUUAAGAGGUAAUAAUUCUAAUUAUAUUUUAAGAUUGAACAAACUGAAUAAAAGAAUGAGAAAAUAUAAUAAUAUUUAUAAAAGUUUAAAUAAAUGGCAAAAGCUCCAAUUAAAGAAUAAGUAAAUUCUGAAGAUUCUAAGAUUGAAAGAAUCUCAAGAGGAAUAGAUUAAAAUAAAAAAUAAAUAGCUUAAAUUUAGUAACAGUAUAUGAGGAUUUAAGAAUAAAUAGGAGUCGAAAUUAUAAAUGGAGAUGAUGAUGAAACAACCCUAUUGCCAAAAAUAGAAUAAUUAGAAAAAAUAAUAGAUAAUAUUUUAUUAGUUUCAAAUUAAUAUAUUCCAAAAUAAGAUCAAAAGAAAUAAAAGAAAGGAACAGUUAAAUUUGAUGAUGAUAAAAGUGAAAUAUCAGGUACAAAAUAACAUACUGAAUUAAAAUCUUAAACUGAUCAUUAAAAUGAUUUAGACAUUAUAUUGACAGAGGGUAUAGAAAAUUUAUUAUUUUGUAGUUGAGAAGAGAAAGACAUUGGCUGAAUCAAGACAUACAAAAGAAGAAUUAUAAAAAGAAAGUACUGAUUAAAUGGUUCUAUCAUAAAAUAAAAAAUAAAAUUCUAAAAGAUCAAAACAUUAAUAAUCACAAUAUUGA